AUGGGGGUUGGUUUUCUUGGUCUUAGCCGUGAGGUUCUUGAUCUCUCUAAUAAUAGCUUGUCAGGCACCAUUCGACGCAGUUUGAGGAACUGCAAGUCACUGAGUUGCCUUAAUCUUGGACAAAACAAGCUUGCUGGAAGUGUACAAAACAAGCUUGCUGGAAGUGUUCCGAAAGAACUUGAACGUGUUACAGGCCUUCGUUAUCUGGACCUAAAUGGUAAUGACUUUGAAGGAUCAUUUCCAACAGUGAUUGAAAACUUUCAAGAGCUUGAGAUCCUGAACUUGGCAGGCAAUAGAUUUGAAGGAAGGAUAUCAAAGUUCAUUGGUGACCUACACCACCUCCGUAUCCUUGACCUUGCAUCAAACUCUUUCGACGAAUCUAUCCCUGAAGGGCUAAUGAAGUUGGAAAAUCUACAAUAUAUUGGUUUGUUCAGGAACAAUCUAUCUGGUCCUAUUCCUGAUAAUCUUGAUGGCUUAAAAAUGAUGACGAGAAGACAAAAUGAGGCAACCAUCUUAGGUUACUUUUACUCCUUUAAGUUCACUGGCGCUCAGCUAGAAAUAGUCACCAAAGGACAGACACAAAUUCUUGAUGGACUUCCAUUGCUGAAUCUCUCGCAUAAUAAUCCUUCCGGACUGAUCCCAAAGACUAUUGGCGAGAUGAUUUCCCUCGAGUCGUUGGAUCUCAGCUACAACCAUUUCGCAAGGGAAAUUCCUGUGACAUUAACACUGUUAGAUUUUCUCCAGUAUCUCAACUUGUCUUAUAACAAUUUGAGUGGAAUGAUUCCAAGCAAUCUACAUUUUGACACUCUGUAUCAAGAUGGAAUGACAUAUAUUGGAAACAAAUACUUAUGUGGUGCUCCUGGAAUUGCUGGAGUAUUACUGCUUUUAUAUUUGGUAGAUGACAAUUGGAGGAACAGGAUCUCGGUCGUCACCAGUAUUAUCAGUAGUGCUUCAUUGAUGAUUUUGGUAUCUCGAGAAAUCUGUGUGACCGAAGAUAACAACGAUACUGUUUGUCAAGACAUGAAAUACUAUGAAGCUGGAGCAAAGUUUCUCCCAAGAAUAGUUCCCGUUCUCAAAGGAAGAUCCUCAGCAAUUGAACAAAUCAAACUAAGUGGACAGGCUUCUUAUGUAGUAACCAUUGCAGCUAUAAGCAGCAACUACAAGCUGCACAACAUCAGUAGGAGCCCAUAUUCAAAUGGAAGUUUGUUUGUUAGUAGAGCAUCAAGUAGAACAACUGCAACUGGAUUUGACCACGUCUGCAAGGCUGCAACAAAUAAACAAGCUGAAGAACAAGGCCAGUACAAUUGGAGGGAGUACUUCCUCCCUAUUCUGCAUGUUAGCCGUUGA